GUUGAAUUUGUUCUCCUCCUCUUCUUCUUUCGUUCCCUCUAGCCCACCCACCCCAUUGCGAACAUAGCGGGACAUCAUCACCAUGUCCUUCAUCAGACAGCAGCGUCCCCACCACAUCCUCCGUUCCCUGUAUACGUCACCACCACCACCACCACCACCACCCGCACGAGUCCAACUCGCCUACGAGCUCCAUCACCACCACCGCCAACCACCGCGCAGCAGCAGCAGCAGCCCCUCAACAUCCCCAAUUCUCUUCCUCCAUGGGUUUCUCGGCUCGAAGCGCGAGAAUCGACUGAUUAGUAGGCAAGCACUUUCCCAGAAACUCAUUGGUUCCAUGGCUCCUUGCGUCUCUUCUCCCCCGUUUUUCUCGUCUUGCAUUGAUCUGCGCAACCACGGCGACUCCGGCCACCAUCCGAAGCACGACUAUAUGGAACUGGCGCUAGAUGUGCGAAGCUUCAUCGAGAAACACCGCAUUCGAGAGCCGACUAUCAUCGGGCAUUCGAUGGGAGCGAAAACAGCUUUAACCCUGUCGCUGGAAUCUCCUAACCUCAUCAAAGAUGUCGUGGCCAUCGACAACGGCCCCAUCCAUUUACCGCUUAAAUCGGAUUUCCUGGGAUACCUGCAAGGUCUGGCCCGAUUGCAAGAGGAGCGGAUCACCAGCCAUCGGCAAGCCGAUGAAAUUCUGGCGGCAUAUGAGAAGGACCCCGUCAUUCGACUCUGGCUCAUCAGCAACCUCGUGAAGAAACCAAAUUCGCCAUAUCUCGACCUGCGAAUCCCCGUGGAGAUCCUGAAAACGGCCAUGGGGCCCCUGGGCGACUUCCCCUACAGAGAGACCCAGGAAGGAGCCAAGCAGUUUCACGGGCGUGUGCUCUUCCUGAGAGCACUUCGGAGCCAUUAUAUCCCGGAAACGGCGUUUCCGACGAUAUCUUCGUUCUUCCCAGCCGCCAAGAUCGUGAACAUUGAUAGUGGUCACUGGAUCGUUCAAGAGAAACCGGAGGAACUGCGGCAAGAAAAGGCACCGUCCGGUGCCGAUGGGCUUUCCAUGUUGGACGAUUUUGCGGACAUAUAUGCGAACCCUCCUUGCAGACUCGACCCAAGAGAGUAA